UAACAUGAUGUGCCACCAAACCAGUUGCUGAAGAGACCGUGUUUGAACUGAUCGCAUGUUUGAUCAAACUCACGAUCUUUAACCCCUCAAAAUAAGACAAUUAUUACGCCGAGCGCUAGUGCUCAUUUUCGAAACCUUGACCCUUUCAAGAUGGCCGACUCAACGUGCCGUGUGACCUCACUUUGACCCAACUGACGCAAUUUGCCCCGGCUGUCGUCUGUCGAACGUCGGUUGAACCACUUCUGGGUCUGGUUUCGAGAGCUUAAGAGAGAUGUCCACUAUGGCAUUAAGAAGAGUGUGGUCUUGUCUACUUGGCAAGCCACAGAGAUGUGUGUUUACGUCAGGUUUAAGAGCCCAGGGAACUGUAGCACAGGCUCAGAGAGGUGAGAGUGCAACUGGACUAGAGGCAGAGAAAGGUGCAGAGAAGAAGAAAGUCAAAGCAGCAAAAAUACAGUUUAACUGGCGUGACGCCCUCAGCCUGGAGGGUCUGCUGACGGAGGAGGAGAUUAUGAUCCGAGACACCUUCCACACCUACUGUCAAGAGAAGCUCAUGCCACGCAUCCUGACGGCCAACAGAAAUGAGGUUUUCCAUCGUGAGAUUUUGAAUGAGAUGGGUGAGCUAGGAGUUCUGGGCCCAACCAUUAAAGGUUAUGGCUGUGCCGGAACCAGUUAUGUUGCGUAUGGGCUGAUUGCACGUGAGGUGGAGAGAGUGGACAGCGGGUACCGCUCGGUGAUGAGUGUGCAGUCCUCUCUGGUCAUGCACCCAAUCAAUGCCUAUGGCACGGAGGAGCAGAAGGAGAAAUAUCUGCCCAAGCUGGCAAAAGGAGUGAUUUUGGGCUGCUUCGGCCUGACUGAGCCGAACCAUGGCAGUGACCCUGGCAGCAUGGAGACCAGAGCCAAGUAUAACGCUUCCAGUCGCACUUUCACCCUCACGGGGUCCAAAACAUGGAUCACAAACUCUCCUGUGGCUGAUAUCUGUGUGGUGUGGGCCAAGUGUGACGAUGAUAAAAUACGUGGUUUUAUACUGGAGCGGGGCAUGAAAGGUCUCAGCACCCCCAAAAUCGAGGGCAAGUUCUCGCUGCGUGCCUCCUCCACCGGUAUGAUCGUCAUGGAUGAUGUGGAGGUGCCUGAAGAGAACCUGCUGCCCAAUGUGUCUGGACUCGGGGGUCCGUUUGGCUGCUUAAACAACGCUCGCUAUGGGAUCGCCUGGGGAGCGCUAGGAGCAGCAGAGUUCUGCUUCCAUGCCGCACGUCAGUACACAAUGGACAGGAUCCAGUUUGGGGUGCCACUGGCCAGAAACCAGCUGAUACAGAAGAAGAUGGCAGACAUGCUAACAGAGAUUACACUCGGCCUGCAGUCCUGUCUGCAACUGGGCAGGCUCAUCGAUCAGAAGAAAGCAAGUCCAGAGAUGAUCUCCAUGCUUAAGAGGAAUAGCUGUGGCAAGGCCUUGGACAUCGCCAGACAAGCACGGGACAUGCUGGGUGGCAACGGUAUCGCUGACGAAUACCACAUCAUCCGCCAUGUCAUGAAUUUAGAGGCUGUCAACACGUACGAAGGUACUCAUGAUAUCCAUGCUCUGAUCCUGGGCAGAGCCAUCACAGGCCUGCAGGCAUUUACUGUGGAGAAGUAAAGCACUAUUCCGUUGUCCAAAACAGCAAAGCACUUGUACUACACAGAAUGCUGCUGAGUUGUCUAUUUGUCUUUGACAGGAAUGUUAUCUUUAGUUCAUCUUGAGAAGACAUUUAAAAGUAUCUUCAGAAGACAUUUAAAAGUAUUUUUGUACUCUGAACAGAAAUCAGUGACCCCUUGGUUUUGUAUAUAAAUUAUGUCAAUUUAAAAGUCAUGAUCUUUCUCAAUGCACAGUAAAUUAGUAACAGUAUGUUUUAGAAACACGUUAAAUUCUGUAAGAAUAGAAAAAACUAAAUCCAGCAAAUGUAAGCUAGAGUGUGCAAUUGUUUUUUGUUGCUGUAUUAGGAUACAGAUGUUAAAAAUAAGCAUAUAUGAGUUAGUCAGGCACAGAUAAAAAUGUUUAUAUUUUUAAAUUGCUGUAAAUGUUAACUAUUAAAUGCAAUGCAGCUCACUUCUGAAUUGGAUUAUAAAAUCACAUGAAAGCAGAAAUGGUGAUAAUAUUAAAUAUAGUUGUUUGUAAGGAGGAAAUGAAACUACUACAUCUACCUUUAGAUAUGCAUGGUCUGUGUAAGCUGGCCUGACAAGUGGCAUUUACUUGCUAUGACAAUAAACUGACUUUUGUGUUCA